CGAUCCGAACGGCAGGUCAAUGUCACCCUGAACGCCAUGGAAGGUUCCAACGGAUUCGGGAUCGAUUCCAUCCUGUCGCAUCGAUCCGGGAGCCCGGCCCUGCCCAAAGGGGACUCGCUGAUGGGCGAAGGCCGGUCCCCUCUGGAACUCAGCCCCCGCUCGGAGAUCAGCAGCGGCUGCCCGUCGCCUCACUCGCCCGGGAGGGACUGCUUGGAGGCUGUAGCCCAUAGACAAGGUGUGGCAGCCGUGGGCCUGGAGGCUCACCUGCCAGGGGGGCAGAUCUCAGCCCCUUCCCAAUCCAGAACAGUGACCUCCUCCUUCUUAAUCAGGGACAUUUUGGCCGAUUGUAAGCCUUUGGCCGCCUGCGCACCUUAUUCGAGCACCAAUGGACAGAGCCCACAAGAGACGCAGGUUCGAAUCCCCACUAAGGCCGGCGAGGAUUUUCGAGAGAAGAUGGACAAGAGCAGCAGCAAUUCCUCUUCGGAUUCGGAAUACAAAGUGAAAGAAGAAGGGGACCGAGAGAUUUCCAGCUCCAGGGAAAGCCCUCCGGUGCGGCUGAAGAAACCCCGGAAAGCGCGCACGGCCUUCACGGAUCACCAGUUGGCACAGCUGGAGCGGAGUUUCGAGCGGCAGAAAUACUUGAGCGUGCAAGACAGGAUGGAGCUGGCCGCCUCGCUCAACCUCACCGACACCCAAGUGAAGACGUGGUACCAGAACAGAAGGACCAAGUGGAAACGGCAGACGGCGGUGGGCCUGGAGCUGCUGGCCGAAGCCGGGAACUACUCGGCCCUGCAGCGGAUGUUCCCGUCGCCCUACUUCUACCCGCAGAGCCUGGUGUCCAACCUCGACCCGGGCGCGGCCCUCUAUCUCUACCGCGGGCCCAGCGCGCCCCCGCCGGCGCUCCAGCGGCCGCUGGUGCCGCGCAUCCUCAUCCACGGACUUCAAGGGGCCAGCGAGCCCCCGCCGCCUCUGCCCCCCCUGGCAGGGGUGCUGCCCCGGGCGGCUCAGCCGCGGUGA